AUCUUUUCACAUUUCUGAAAGAUUUAUUCUGAUUGGGGUCAGAGGUAAAGCAGUGCAGUGCUGGGCUCAGAGACUGGUCAUCAUGCUCAGGUUGUGUUAUUUCAUUUCAUUCAUGUCCACCCCCUAUUUUCUACCGGGUGCGUGAGCGCCAUGUUCCGGCUGCACCGCGGUUUUGUUCCGGCCUCCCUGGCAGGUCAAUCCCCACCGGGAGCGCGUCAGGUGCGGAGCACCCGCGAGUUCAGUCCGCCUAGCUGGAUCCGCGAGAUCAAUCACAGGAGAAUCUCCACUUCCAGGAUAAACGUCUUGUCGUCCGCGAUGGAAACAAACUCUGAGACCCCCUGACCGGGAGGAGGGGCAGGAAGGCGAGGAAGGGCCUAUCAACCCUCACCCCCCCAGCAAAGAAAGAGCCAGGUCCCACAGUAAGACCAAGAAAGCUCGCAGAGAGCGUCGCCAUGCCAUCAAGGGGGCAGAGACGAAAGCCACAGCAACGCUGGCCAAGCAGCAGUCACAGGAAGAGGCGGAGCCACAGAGCCAGAUGCCAGAGCUGGUGGCAGGCCCCUCCGAGCUGGGGUCAGGUCCAUCAGAGUCGGGGUCAGGACCGGGAUCGGAGUCUGCCAGAUCUCCCAGGCAGCGGCGCUCUGUCAUCCGGGACCGUGGACCAUUGUACGAUGACCCCACGUUGCCUGAAGGCUGGACCCGCAAACUGAAACAGAGAAAGUCUGGACGCUCGGCGGGAAAGUUUGACGUCUACCUGAUCAACUCGGAGGGAAAGGCAUUUCGUUCCAAGGUGGAACUUAUGGCCUACUUCCAGAAGGUUGGUGACACAACAACUGACCCCAAUGAUUUUGAUUUCACGGUCACUGGUCGUGGAAGCCCAUCCCGCCGCGAGAAGCGGCCCCCCAAGAAACCAAAGGUGGUGAAACCAUCAGGGCGAGGCCGUGGGCGGCCUAAAGGCAGUGGGAAGAUUCGGCAAGCUACUGAAGGCGUGGCCAUGAAGCGGGUGGUUGAGAAGAGUCCAGGCAAACUGCUUGUAAAAAUGCCCUUUAGCAAAGCAGAGUCCUCCACUGGCCCCACACCAACCACUUCAAAGGUGGUGCCUGCUGCCUUGGUGUCCAAAUCGCGUCCAGGGAGAAAGAGAAAAUCAGAGCAAGAGCCUCCUCCUGAACCUCAGACUGCUCCAAAGAAGCGGGGCAGGAAACCCGCGUCGGCCUCAGCAGCAUCAAUGGUUUCCACAGCAUCCACUUCCUCGGCAUCGGUCUCUAGUAGCUCAGCAGCUGAAAGCUACUCUGCAGCUGCCAUCUUGGCUGCAGAAGCCAAGCGUAGAGCCGUUAAGGAGUCUUCCACCAAACCUGUCGUCCAGGAAACAGCGCUGCCAAUCAAAAAACGCAAAACAAGAGAGACCGUGGAGGAGAUGGAGAGUGUUCAGACCCCAACGGUUACAGCAGCUGACACUGGAGGGAGGGCUACCACAGAAGAAGAGGGAGGUACAACAGAGAAGGCUCUUAGCUCUGAACCUCAGUCUACUCCUUCUGAACAGAGCCAACCACAGUCACAGAAGCAGCCCUCUGCUUCGGAUGACAGCCAAUCACAUGGACACAAGGCACAUAAGGGGCGGAAGCACAAGGAGAAAACAGCAACUGGAGAUAGAGGAGAGGGAGAAUGCGAGGAUGAAGGAGGAGGUGGACGGAGUAGCAGUAGCAGUAGUAGCAUCAGCCCAACAAAAAGCCACAAAAGGAAGGAGAGAUCACCUCACAAGCACCACCACCAUCACCACCAUCGCCAUCAUCAUCACCAUCACCAUCGCCACCAACAGUCCUCUGCCUCUACAUUAGAUCAGCCACCACCUCCUCCUCCCCCUCCAGCCUCUGGACACAAAGGACCUUCCAGACAGUCCAAGACCGAAGUCGAGUCCCAGACUGUUCCUCAGCUCACUCCCCAACUAUCACAACAAACUCCCUCCAGAUCACAGCCCAAGUUUGUGCCUGAAUCUCAGCAUCCUGUCCCUCAACCCCGUCUUCAGACCCAACCCCCAAACCAAUCUCAAGCCCAAACUCAACAGUCCCCACCUCAGCCCUUUCCCACCAGACACAUGCUGCCCCAGCCACAGCCCCAAUUACCCCAAACCCAAAGUCUGCCUCAGUCCACCUACCAGAAAGUCCAAUCACAGCCAGCCCACUCUCCAUCCCAACACCGAACCCAGCUCCAGGCUCUGCAUGCUCCAGCUCCGUCUCCACCCAUCCUGAACGUUAAUCCACCUCUUACAAAGCAUCCACAAUCACAAACUCGAUCCCCCACAGCACUUGAGCAUCAAGUCCAGUCCAGGCACCCAUCUCAAACCCAAACCCAGCUCAAAAAACUAUCCCAGCCCCAGUCCCAGCUGUUACUUCAGCCUCAGGUCCAAUCCCAGGCCAAGACCCCAAUACAAGUUCAUGGUCAACCACAAGCCAGGACCCCAACGCAAGUUCACGGUCAACCCCAGGCCAGGACCCCAACGCAAGUUCACAGUCAACCCCAGGCCAGGACCUCAGCUCAAGUUCAGAGUCAACCUCAGGCCAGGACCUCAACGCAAGUUCACGGUCAACCCCAGGCCAGGACCCCAACGCAAGUUCACGGUCAACCCCAGGCCAGGACUUCAACGCAAGUUCAGAGUCAACCUCAGGCCAGGACCCCAACACAAGUUCACGGUCAACCCCAGGCCAGGACCUCAACGCAAGUUCAGAGUCAACCCCAGGCCAGGACCUCAACGCAAGUUCAGAGUCAACCUCAGGCCAGGACCUCAACGCAAGUUCACGGUCAACCCCAGGCCAGGACCUCAACGCAAGUUCAGAGUCAACCCCAGGCCAGGACCUCAACGCUAGUUCACGGUCAACCCCAGGCCAGGACCCCAACACAAGUUGAGGGUCAACCCCUAGCCAGGAUCUCUGUGCAACCUCAAUCUCACCUGCAACCUCAGCAUCAGGUGCCGCCUCAAUUGCCAACAAGAUACCUGUCACAACACCAACUUCAGACUCAGUCCAGACCACAGUCCAGACAGUCUCUCUCCCAGCCUAGGCCACCAGUUCCCCAAUCCCAAGCACAACCACAGUUUCAGCGGAUUCAAACUCAGUUGUGUCCCCAACCCCACUCUCUGCUUACCCGUCCUCAUGGGCAGCAUCUGUCAUUCCACCAGACAUCAUCAAGCCUAACCAGGACCAACCUUGUUCCUGCUCAGCAGAACCAGAAUGAACAGCCCCAGGACCUGAGCACCACGCGGCCUAACCGAGGAUGUCAGCUCCUGAGGAGAGACGUCAGCAUUGAGGGUGGAGGGGUGGAGGGGAGAGGGGAGGUGGUCACAGCGUCAGAGAGCAGUGAGUCUUCAGGAGGCGACAGAGGGUCAAACAGCACCUCGAGGCCUCUCAGCUCCGUGCCUCCUGGACCCCCUGGAGUAGCAGGAGCUGGCCUAGUGUCUGGGGCUGAUGGUAGGGCUAGACUACGGGCAGAACCAGAGGCAGCAGGUGAGGGCAGAGAGCUUAGAGACAUCGUCCCCCAGUCCGCCGUCCCGUGUCCCAGCCGUGAAGAGACCGUAGAGUCACGGACUGCUGUAAGCGAAAGAGUCAGCUGAUUGGUUGGACUGAUGGGUAGCCUGGCCGACUGACUUAGCACCAGGUGGAACAGGACUGUGGUCAGACGGUUUUCAGACAGAAGGAGCUGGAAGAACUGAUCUGCUCUGUCUAAUUCUGUCUGGAGACGUUAAAGUUCAGGAUUUGUGAAGCAGCCUUGGGCUGAGAGACAGCUGGAGGAUGACAGAUGGAGUCUUUUUCUAGGAAAAACAAAAGGAAGGAAAACCCAACAUAAAGUGUGUGUAUAUAUAAUCAAAAGGCAGCUGUUGUGUCCCGCUAGUCUCCAUGGGGAGGGGGGAGUAGUUUGGAACUAAAAACGAUGCUUAAUACAUUACUCCGAUGAAAUGUUGCUUCCAGAAUAUAACCUGGUUUUCUGUUUGUUUUUAUUUAGUAGUUUAUUGUUUUGUCUUUGUUAUUCAGCUUUAAACUCUGAUAUUACUGACAGUCUGACUCAAAGCUCCAAACACCUCCUGUUGACUGACAGUCCCUUACUGAAACUGGUCCUUGACUGAAAGCCUCUUGAAUGAUUUGGGGCAGUGGUUUGCACCUUAAAAUGGUUUCUUAGAAAUCUCUGUUUUAUUUUCUUCCCUCCCUUUUGUUUAAAUCCACUCAGACAUGUGGUGAACUACGAGUAAUUAUACUGAAAUCCCGACUCCAUGCAGCCCUGAUUCUGAACAUGGUCUGAAAUGUUUGAACAGUGUGGGGGGUUCUUGGUUCGCCCUGACAGAAGAAAAUCUCCUCACUGAUGCUUCAAGUAUUUCCAGUUGUUCUUCCAGGACUUUUAAAAACUGGUCUUCAUGAAUUUAUUUGUUUCUGUUAUGUUUUGUUACAAGAGGAAGCACUUUUAAUAUCAAACCAAACCCACUUCUUCGUAGCUUUAUUUUAGUUCUUAGUCUUAAUGAAAGGACUCAUUUUUAAUGUAUUCAUGUUGAAUGUCUGGAACAGUUUGCACUCCUCCAGUUUGUAUAAUCAACUGCCUGCAUGUCGCUCAGAGACCCUGCAGGCCUUCAACCAGAGCACAUGUACGCAGAGGCCAGCCUGGACCGAGCUCUGGUCCAGCUUCAUCUGUGCUCAGAGAACUGACAAAACUGCUCAAUAAGUGUGAAAUUCCAGAUUACAGAGUCCGAGUGGUGAGGUGUCAUAAUGCUGGGGGGCUGUGUUGUCAUCCUGAGGCGGUUUCAUCAACUCAAAACAGAACGAUUCUGCCGGUGGUGACCAGAUGACAAUGAAACGAGCAGUACGUCUUACACUUCCUGAACCUGAGCUGUAGCAUAGGGCCGGGUAUCACCACCAAUUUCCUGAUUCCAUUUGACUCACAGCAGUGUAACGCCGGUUUUUCUUGAAUAUUAAAGACGUUCUCAGAUAACUUUUUUUUAAUAUAUAAAACCUGUUUACAUGAGCAUCAAAAUAUCUGGGAGUAAUAAUCUGAUCUGACGCGUCUACUUGCACUUCUAAAUGAGCAUAUUCGACAGAUCAUUGGGGAGAUCAGUCUUAGCGUUAGCUGCUAAUAUCAGAGCCUGCUGUCUUAGCGUUAGCUGCUAAUAUCAGAGCCUGCUGUCUUAGCGUUAGCUGCUAAUAUCAGAGCCUGCUGUCUUAGCGUUAGCUGCUAAUAUCAGAGCCUGCUGUCUUAGCGUUAGCUGCUAACGUAAGAGCCAAUGGUCUUAGUGUUACCUGCUUACGUGAGAGGUAAUUAGCUAAAAAGGUAUCAGGUGAAUGUACUCCAGUGCUGAGUGAAAACAUCUACAUUUGGCAUCAUCUCAGAAAGAGAAGCUGGUUUUGGGCAUAUAGGUGCCUUAUCAGAGCUGUAAACAUAAUCCACAAAAAAAAAACAUUUAUUCUCAUUAAGUUUCUAAUAGUUUUAAAGCCCUACAUUUAGAAUUUUUAUCAUCUGGUGUCCAGAAACAAAGUUAUUACAAGUGAUAUUUUAAAAAUCUGAAUGUGGCAUUAUCUCUGAGAGAGAAGCUGAUUGGGCGGAAGU